AUGACACCUACUCUUACUAUUACUACUCGUACGUCUAAAACUUCUACGUCCAUGCCUAUAACAACUACUACUACUACUACGACGCCUGAAACUUCUAUAACUAUGCCUAAAACUACUACUACUACUACUGCCACAUCCAAAACUACUACUAAUACUAUGCCUAAAACUAUUACAACUACAAGUUUCGUAACAAGUAUAAUGACAACUAUUACUACUACUACUACCAUUCCUAAAACUACUACUACUGUCAUUCCUAAAACUACUAAUGCUAGUACACUUGAGAGUACAACACCUUUCCAUGAAAAAACACCCUUUACUACUUAUACUACUACGAAUCUUACCAUAACUACCCCGGUUAUGACCACUUUAGAGGAAAAACCAAGUAAUACUGAAAAAAUUACAACUGCAUGUGAAUAUAACUGUGAUAGACCUAUUACUUGGUUAACAACUGCUUCAAUUUUAAAUACUCUACCUGCUUCACAUAAUGAGAAAAACAGUGAUAGUGAAGAAAAUAUUGAGUCCACACGUACUUCGAUUGGUAUUACACGACCUAGUACAACAGCAAACAUUAUCCCUGAAACAAAUACUGAUGUUGAAAUACUACUGACAACUCAUAACAAAGAUCCUACUACUUCAAAUGGUCCUAUAAAUACACCCACUACUCGUGCCUUAGUAACCGAUACCUUUAAUGCUUUAACAUUUUCUUCUAUAAACACUGUUAAAGAAACUGAAUCAGACUUUGACAACAUAAUACACCCUUCAACAGAUAGUGAAUCCGUUAUAAAGCCAAAACCAGCAAAUAUUAUUAAGUUAACUUAUGUAUUUGAAAAAACAUUAUGUAACAAUUGUCGGAGACCUAGAACAUGGAUUACUAGACAGAAAAAGACAACACGAUUAAAGUAUCAUGGUUACCGGUAUUAA